AACCACGCUCGAGGGUUCCCGAAGGAGUUCAUUUCCAACACGUGCAUGAAUUGUCAGAUAGUUUAAAAACAUAAAAUGGGUAAACUAAAUGUAACUAUUUUAAGAUAUUUAACCAAAGAAGACUUCAGAGUUUUAACUUCUGUUGAAAUGGGCAUGAAAAACCAUGAGAUUGUCCCAUCACCUCUUGUGGCGUCCAUAGCACAUUUACACGCUGGUGGGUGUCACAAAGUACUGAAAGAGCUGGCGAAGCACAAGUUGGUGUGCUACGAACAUGCAGGAAAAAAAGAGAAUGGCUACAGGUUGACCAAUAGUGGUUAUGACUACCUAGCUCUGAAGGCUUUAACCAGUCGUGGUGUCAUCCACUUUGUUGGUAACCAGAUAGGUGUCGGCAAGGAGUCGGAUAUCUACAUUGUAGCUGAUGAGGAGGAUCACCAGUUUGCAAUGAAGUUACACAGGUUGGGUCGCACAUCGUUCCGACAGUUGAAGAACAAAAGGGAUUAUCACAAACACAGGAAGAAUGCUUCUUGGCUCUAUCUGUCCAGGCUAGCUGCCAUGAAGGAGUUUGCUUAUAUGAAGGCGCUGUAUGACAGAAAUUUUCCUGUUCCCAAGCCAGUAGACUUCAACCGCCACACUGUCAUCAUGGAGCUGCUGAGUGGACACCCAUUGUGCCAGGUACGCGAGUUGUCUGACCCAGGCCAGGUGUACAAUGACUGCAUGGAACUAAUUGUCAGAUUGGGAAACUGUGGCGUCAUCCAUGGCGACUUCAACGAGUUCAAUCUGAUGGUGGAUGACAAUGGAGGAGUGACUAUGUACGAUUUUCCUCAGAUGAUCUCCACUUCCCACUUCAAUGCUGAGUGGUAUUUCAACCGAGAUGUCCGCUGCAUUCGUGAAUUCUUUGUCAGACGGUUUCGCUAUGAGAGUGAACUUUACCCCAAGUUUUCAGAUAUAAGACGAGAUGAUAACCUGGAUGUAGAGGUGUCAGCCAGUGGUUUUACUAAGGAAAUGGCCAGCACAUUUGAUGAGGCUGCUGAAGAGCUGAACAUCCUUAAAGGACCGGAGUCUUCAGAGGAGGGAGAAGAAAGGGAUGAUGAAGAUGGAAAAGAAGAAAUCGAGGAUGAAGAUGAGGAAGAUGCAAGUGAUGAGGAGGAGGGAAGUGAUCAGGAACUGGAAACAGAGCCUUCACAGGAUAAGAAAACAACUUCUAGUGACAAUGUAACAGAUCAGUUAGCAGGAGCAUGUGCAAACUGUGAGGAGGAACGUCUAACAGACUCAGAUAAUGUUAUAGAAACAAAAGCUGAGCCAACACUUGACAGUGAUACUAAGGACAGAUUAUCAGAUAAAGGGUUAAGCGAUGAGGAAAAUGAACUGAUAGGGGAUUUAAGUGGUGCUAACAGGGCCUACAAACCUUUCAGAAAUGAGGAAAGCAUGGAACAUACCAACUCCCAUUUGACCAACGCACGGCAGCAUAGUUCCCUCAGCAUGUCAAGUAACACCUCCUGCAUGGAUCCACAGAUGGUCAAGGAGAAGAUGAAACGACAGCUCAAACAGCAGCAUCAUAAGUUGCAUGCCCGGCGUAUCAGGAAGAAAGGGGAGGCAUCCAUUGCGACACAGUCAAAACGUAACACAAAACAUGACAUCAAAGACAGUCUCUCUGCUCAAUGGUUCUAAACGUAUACAGAGAAAUGUAUCGACUAGAAUUAUACAUGUUUUUUGAUUCAUGUAAAAUGUAAAGUGAUCUAAUAAUUAUUAUAAUAAAUCUAAUUAUAACCAAGACUCUGCAUAGUAUAUAUCAUGUUAUUACAUGG